AUGGCGUCUAAGAGACUAAUUGUGAGCACGUUGCUUGUUAUUUUGAUGUUGGGAUUGGCUAGUAGCUCUCCUCAAGCUUACAAGUUCAUUGUGGGUGGCAAAGAUGGUUGGAUUUUGAGCCCUUCCGAGAACUUCAAUCACUGGGCUGAGAGACACAGGUUUCAGGUCAAUGAUACGCUUCUUUUCAAGUACAAAAAAGGAUCAGAUUCUGUGUUGGUGGUAACAAAAGAGGAUUAUUUCUCAUGCAACACAAAAACCCCAAAACAGUCCCUAACAGAUGGUGACUCAAUUUUCAAGUUUGAACGGUCAGGUCCAUUUUUCUUCAUCAGUGGCAAUGCCGAAAAUUGCCAAAAAGGGCAGAAGCUGAUAGUGGUGGUUUUGGCCGUCAGAAGCAAAACCCAACGUACGCCACCCUCUCAGGCCCCUCCUUCUCCAUCUUCAUCAGCUCCAUCUCCCCUUGUGGCUGAUCCUCCUGCAGUCUCACCGUCUCCGCUGUCGGAUUUGGACACAAAUGCACCGGCACAGCCUCCGCUACCGCGGGAGAAUUCAGCAGCUAGAGGAUCAGACGUUGGGUUAAUGGUUUUUAUUUGUACUGUUAUGAGUAUUGGUGCAAGUACUGCGGUUUUGGGUAACUUUGUGGUUUGA